AUGUUGAGAGGUCUGACGUCUUGGAGACCGCUGUCAGGCGUUUCGGUUCAUGUUUUGAACCAGGUUCGUACGGCUACGAAAAAAGCUGCCGGUUCCAGAACCUCCAUGAAGGACUCAGCGGGCCGCAGACUGGGGCUGAAAAAGCAUGAGGGCCAACCAGUCAGACCUGGCGAAAUUUUGAUGCGACAGAGAGGAACUAAAUUCUAUCCUGGAGAAAACGUAGGAAUUGGUAAAGAUCAUACGAUUUUUGCGUUAGAGCCAGGGUUUGUGAGAUUUUACUUGGAUCCUUUCCACCCAAAACGUCGUUUUAUAGGCGUGGCUCUUAGACCAGAUUUAAAGCUUCCCACACCACAUUUUGAACCACGCGUAAGGCGCUUUGGACGUCAAUUAAUAACGGAUGGAGCGGCGGCGACAAAAGAGGAAAACUCCCUCAGUCGUAAAGAAUACCUAGCGCGGGAUUCUAUCCUGAAGGAUCUUGAGGCUCGUGAAUCUAGGCGUCAACAAUUGGCGUCAAAUUUCACAAAGCGUCUGAGUGAAUUGGGCAUUAUUCUUGAAGAAAAUCAAUUGAAAGUGUGCAUUCCAUAUGUGAUUCGUCUGCGUUCUCUUCUAAAGAAUGGAUUCUCUUUAUCAGAAGCUCAAUACAACGCUCUCUUCUAUGCCGAGCAAGAACUUAAGCUCGCUGCCAAACAGAGAGAAUUGUCUGCUGAGUUGGUGAGUCAACAAGUGGUGUUACUCAAGGGAGCCGUUGACACUCUUAACUCAUCUAUAAGUUUCGACAACAAGUUAGACAUUGUUGCCUUUGUCUCCGAACAGGAAAAGCAACAACGCAGGGCUCAAUUGACUCAGCAACUUCUCAACACAACUCUCUCCACCAAGAAAGACGUUCAAGCUAUAAAAAAUCUACUCAAAGGGGCUUCUAGCUUCCUCACAAAAUCAGACGAGCUCAAAUUGGCCCGAAAAUUCCUCAAGCCUGUUCGGCCAGAAACUUUCGCCGUGACCAACAAAACAGGUAAAGGCGUGCUAACAAUAAAUCGGUUUGAUGAUGUGGGCAGCAGAGUGACCACCAUUCACAGAAGUAAAAGCGCAUUUUUGUCAAAACUGUGA